AUGCGGAUCAAGUGCGAUAAAGAAGAGCACGAAGCCGUACAUUUUUGGUAUGCUUCCUGGCCUGAUCACUCGUUUCCUGAACGAACACCAGCAACUGCUAGGCAUCUUCUUCAAUUAGUGCGAGCAAGCGAAGCCUGCCGACGACGUGCAGUGGUCGGACGCAAUGAACGACUUAGCCAACACUCAGAUGAACAGGUGAGAGAGGAAGGUGGUGCGAACUACAGGAGAGACAAAUGCCCGAUUAAUACAUCGGCCUGUCAGUCUAAUCUUAUGACCGUUGCUCUCAUCCUCUUCUGA